AUGAUCUACGUGAACGGAGAAUCGAUUUGUUGGGUGCAUGCAACUGACUGGUGCAACAACAUCUCCUGGAACGUGGCACCCAUGAUGAACAACCAGCUGACGAUGACUAUCUUCAGUAUCUACUUGCCCAAUUCAGAUGUCGACAUCACUGAAGAAACCUGCCAAUUCAAAUUAAACGAGAGACAUCAUGAAGAUUUGAAAGAGGUGAGUUGUGCCACAUCAUGUAUGCAAGUUCAAAUUCAUCAUUUUGCAGUGGACGAGCUUGUUUUGGAAGACCGAUCGUAUGUGUUUCAAUCGAUUCUGUCAUGCCAUAAUUCAACAUGGAGGACAGAAAAUGGAUGUAUAUUGGAAAAUGAUCUGAUUGAGGUGCUACUCCUUCCAGCAAUUGCACACGAAGACGGCUCCGUCCAUUAUUGGGCGAUUUCGCAACAACGGCGUGUCCAAAACAAAAGAGACAGUUUCAUAGUAGGCGGUACACAUGCUCUUGUUCUCGACAAUGCCAUUUUCAAUCGAGGAUACUCUGUAGCACGACAAAGAAUAUACGGGCAGAGCAACGUUGCAGAAGACGAAAAGAACGAUGACGCUGUUGAGGAGGCUCCUGAAGUCUCACGAACUCCAUCUCCUGAAUCAAACAAUUCUGACGAUAAUGGUGUUGCUGAGGCUCCAAAAUCCAUACGACUUCUUAGAAGACAACCACGCAAUGUGGAUUCUGCAGAAUCAGACAUCGACGAAAAGGAAUCUUUAGAAGAUUCGAAUGAUUCAGGUGACGACAACGCUGUCGUUGAAGCUCCAGAAUCCAGAAGACUUCUCGGAAGACCACCGAGCGAAAGUUCAGAAGAAGCCAUCGACGGUCCAGGAGCAUCUAAAGCCAUGCAUGUUCACGAUCUAACAGUUCUAACGAUGAUGUUGGUAUGGAGUAUUCAGAAUCCAGAAGACACUCAACAGAUUCUGAAGGCGAAGACGGUCCAGAAGCAAUGCGAACUCCAUCUCCAGGAUCUAUGGAUGAUGUUGUUAUCAGGGUGCUCCACCGAUACUUCACAACCGAUUUCAAUCGGUUAUUGGUAA